AUCUCAUACUGGUUGCCCUCUUCAGUUUCACUUGGAGAGAUAAAAAUACAAUAAUACGAACGCGCCCAUAAAAAAUCAAAAAACACACUACACACCAACGGACCCUCAAACUGAAAAAACACACUCGCUCGCUCUUCUUCCAAGUCUUUUUUUUUUUUCUUUUUUCAAAAAAAACCUUGGAAACUCGACUCCAAGCUUUUAAACCCUACUCACCACAAUGGAAGAAGAAGAUCAGCAGAAGGUGGCAGAUCUGAUUAAAGAGCUUGUUCUCCGUUUACUUUCGGGAAACCCCGCCUCCGGUUCUCAACAACUCACCUCUACUUCACCAACUUUCCAGAAAUAUCUCCGUUACGCCGUUCGAAUACUCUCCGCUCGAUUGAGGCCCUCCAUUGCUCCCGACUCGGCUGCCAUUGCUGAGUCCAUCAAGCGCCGACUCGCUAAUCAAGGUAAGUCCUCCCAGGCCCUCACUUUUUCCGAGCUUUACAACAAAUUCGAAUCCAAAACCGGUCCUGGAAGUGUUAAUAACAAGUGGGCAGUUCUUCAUUUGCUUAAUAUUAUAUCCGAGGAUAGGAAGAACACUACGACCCAGUUGGAUUCUUCGUCGGUUUUACUGCCCAAUCUGGCGUUUAACGAUGCCGAAUUGGGUAACGAUUUAAGGGUUUCUCGUAAAAGAGGAAGUAAGGAAAAGGGUUGGAAUAAUGGGGUUUUGUUGGUCUCAAAGGACCCGGAGAAUCUAAGAGAGAUUGCGUUUAAGGAGUUUGUGAAUUUGUUGAAAGAAGAGAAUGAAAUUUCCGAAGAGGUUUUGGUGAGAGAUGUGCUUUAUGCUUGUCAAGGAAUUGAUGGGAAUUAUGUCAAGUUUGAUACCAAUUCUGAUGGGUAUGUUUUAUUGGAUUCGAUAAAGGUUCCUAGAGCUACUCGGAUAAUGGUUCGAAAGCUUUGUGAAUUAGGUUGGUUGUUUAAAAAGGUAAAAGGGUAUAUUCAAGAGAGUAUGGAUCGGUUUCCGGCUGAAGAUGUGGGAACAGUUGGGCAGGCCUUUUGUGCUGCAUUGCAAGACCAGCUUUCAGACUACUAUAAGUUGUUGGCUGUACUGGAGUCACAGGCAAUGAAUCCGAUUCCAUUGGUUUCGGAUUCGGCAGCUUCAGGGAAUUAUCUUUCUUUAAGGAGAUUAUCAGUUUGGUUUGCUGAGCCAAUGGUGAAAAUGAGGUUAAUGGCCGUUUUAGUGGACAAGUGUAAGGUUUUGAAAGGUGGGGCAAUGGCUGGGGCUAUUCACUUGCAUGCUCAGCAUGGUGAUCCAAUGGUGCAGGACUUCAUGAGGCGUUUACUCAGGCGGGUUUGCUCUCCACUUUUCGAAAUGGUGAGGAGCUGGGUUUUGGAAGGAGAGCUGGAAGAUAUUUUUGCAGAAUUCUUUGUUGUAGGUCAGCCAGUGAAAGCUGAGUCCCUUUGGAGGGAAGGUUACAUGCUCCACUCAGGAAUGCUUCCUUCUUUCAUUCCACAAUCUCUUGCCCAACGCAUUUUAAGGACUGGAAAGUCCAUUAAUUUCCUUCGUGUCUGCUGUGAUGAUCGUUUCUGGGCCGAAGCCGCAACCGAAGCUGCAACUGCUGCUGGAACCUCAACAAGGAGAGGGGGUCUUGGAUAUGGUGAAACUGAUGCUCUUGAAUCCUUAGUUGACGAGGCAGCAAAGAGAAUUGAUAAGCAUUUGUUGGAUGUUAUGUACAACCGUUACAAAUUCAAAGAACAUUGCCUUGCUAUAAAGCGGUAUUUACUUCUUGGGCAAGGGGAUUUUGUUCAGUACUUGAUGGAUAUAGUUGGACCAGAACUUUCUGAACCUGCUAACACAAUUAGCUCUUUUCAGCUUGCUGGUUUGCUGGAAACUGCAAUCCGGGCAUCUAAUGCUCAGUAUGACGAUCCUGAUAUAUUGGAUAGGUUGAGGGUAAAAAUGAUGCCUCAUGGAACGGGAGAUAGGGGGUGGGAUGUGUUUUCAUUAGAAUAUGAUGCAAGAGUUCCUUUAGAUACUAUAUUUACUGAGUCUGUCAUGGCUAAGUAUUUAAGAAUAUUUAAUUUCCUAUGGAAACUUCGACGAGUAGAACAUGCUCUUAUUGGAGCUUGGAAGACUAUGAAACCAAAUUGUAUCACUUCCAAUUCAUUUGAUAAGCUGCAGCAUGCAGUUAAGAUGCCACUGCUCUCAACUUUGAGGCGAUGCCAAGUUCUUUGGGACGAGAUGAAUCAUUUUGUCACAAACUUGCAGUAUUACAUCAUGUUUGAAGUCUUAGAGGUUUCUUGGUCCACUUUAUCAAAUGAAAUGGAGGUAGCUAAGGAUCUUGAUGAUCUGCUUGCUGCACAUGAAAAGUAUCUCAAUUCAAUCGUUGAGAAAUCUCUCCUUGGUGAACGUUCACAAACACUGUACAAGUCUCUUUUUGUCUUGUUUGAUCUUAUAUUGCGGUUCCGAAGCCAUGCUGAUAGGUUAUAUGAAGGAAUUCAUGAGUUGCAAGCAAGAACGGAAUCUUCUUUACCCUCUCAAGACAAGAGUAGAUCAAGAAAGAAAACGAGUGAUAAAUCUAAUAAUAAAUCUUCAGAGCCUGGAUCCUGGAUUACUGAUGGUAGGAAGGCCCUCACUCAACGUGCCAGUGAGUUUCUUCGGAACAUGGGGCAAGAUCUUAAUGCAAUAUCCAAAGAAUAUUCCUCGUUACUCGAGAAUUUUAUUUCUCAGUUGCCUGUGCAGCAACAUGUAGAUUUGAAAUUUCUAUUGUUCAGGCUUGACUUCACUGAAUUUUACAGUCGGAUGCAUCCCAGUAGCUAAUGCAAGGGAAAUAUAUCAUUAGUUUUGAGUUGAAACAAAUAUGUUGACAGGUUGAAUUAAGAACAGGCAAUCCACAUUUGGAGUUGCCCCUGCUUGUGUGGCUCAAUAAUCAUUCAUUGGCUGGCUGACAUCAUGACCCCUACUAUUUCAAUUUUUUUUGGCUCAACUUUAGUGUUUGCUUCUUUCUGAUGUUCAAGUGUGAGAAUUCAGUUGACAUAAAGGUACAUUUUUACCUUUCAGAUCCGGGUUUGAAGGGUCACAGUAUACACGUAUGGUAUCUGAUGUUCUAACGGUUUGUUGUUGAUUUGUUGCGGCUUUCCAAGCUGCGCAUUUAGAGCUUGUAUAUUUGUACUAUAGUUCUGUGUUUGGAUAAAUCAUAAAUGAUGAGCAUUGUGUUGGUAAUCUUAUUGCAUUCAUUCUGUUGUUUUGUUUUCAUCCACUUUGUGCUGGUAUUAGUAGUUGAUUAAAGCCCUCAUGUAACUUUGAAUGUAGUCCUGCAGUAUAGGAUUAGAUGGUCACCAUUCAAGAACCUCACUGUAAUUACAACUAAAUUAAAUGAUCAUGUGGAUUGUGAAA